ACUAGGGACAUGUAUCUUCGACAAUUAGAGGGUUAAUAAUAAUAAAACUCUUAUGGUGGUGGUCGAGACAUGUUUGAGUAGCACAAUCAUAUGUAACACGCCUGGUUGAGAUUAUAUUCUCUCUCUCUCUCUCUUUCUCAUAAAACAGUAAAGGGAGGUACUUCUGUUAUAAAGUAAUUCGACCAAGUCCCAUGUGCCUUGUCUCCGACAACUCUCACUCUCUCUCUUCUUGAUCUUGGCUCUGGUUCACAUGGUACUUUCUUAAAAUUUCGUAAUUUUAAGGUUUUUCAUCUCAGAAAAAGUCAGGUGGGUACUAACAAUUCUAUUCGACCUUUAACUCCUUGAGUUCUUUAACUUUAAAAUAUGAUCCCUUACAGUAACACCAGGUCCUAAAUCCUCUCUCUUUCUCUAUUCAUCCUGUGGGUUAAACGUGUGUGUUGUUCAAUUAACCUAGUCACCGGAACUGAAAAGGUAUGAUACUUGCUUCUCUGUUGAGUUUUUAAUCUCUGUUUUCGUUAGUGGCUGCAGCUAUUCUUAUAAUUGGUUUGUUUAUCAGAUAUUAUGCAGUUAAUUGCAUAUGUUAGGCAAUUUAAGUUUUUUUUUUCUUUUUUGAGAAAAUACAAUUUAAGUCUUGACAUGAGCUUAGAGCUUUUCUUGGAUGAUAGUUUCAGAUAGCUAGUUUCAUAUAAGUCAAGUCUACUUGUAGUUGUGCAGAUCAUUUUAAGGUGUGGAUCAUACAAGUGACAAGAAAUGUACAAGCAUCCAAGACAAGAGACUGAGGCUUACACUUUGCCUCCUUUUGAGGCCAACUCUGUUGGGAAACUUAGGUACAUACCGGCUCACAACUCCCUUAAACGGUAUUGCAUGCUCGAGCCAUCAUCAUCAUCAUCACUUGUCUCUCCUGCUUACGCUGUUCCAUCAAACGCUACGGUUAACAGCUCUGCACAUGAAGAUACGUCCGGCUCCUGUGUAACAGACGAUUUUAACGACAAGAUAAAAGAACUGGAGACAGUGAUGAUGGGGCCAGACUCCUUGGUCUUUGAUUACAACGACUCCUUUGAUUCGACGUCGUGUCAAGAGACUAAUAGCUGGAGAUCAACUCUAGAGGCCAUCUCUAGACGUGAUCUAAGAGCUGAUCUUGUUUCAUGUGCACAAGCUUUGUCUGAAAACGAUCUUAUGAUGGCACAUUCGAUGAUGGAGAAGCUGCGACAGAUGGUAUCUGUUUCUGGUGAGCCUAUCCAACGUUUAGGAGCUUACUUACUAGAAGGCUUAGUGGCUAAGUUAGCUUCAUCGGGUAGUUCCAUAUACAAAUCACUUUACAGGUUCUCUGAGCCCGCGAGCACCGAGCUUCUCUCUUACAUGCACAUCCUCUACGAGGUGUGUCCUUACUUCAAGUUUGGUUACAUGUCAGCAAAUGGCGCCAUUGCUGAAGCCAUGAAGGAAGACAACAGAGUUCAUAUUAUUGAUUUCCAAAUAAGUCAAGGGAGUCAAUGGGUUACUCUUAUCCAGGCCUUUGCUGCUAGGCCCGGUGGGCCUCCUCGGAUACGGAUAACUGGUAUUGAUGAUACGACUUCAGCUUAUGCUCGUGGAGGUGGGUUAAGUAUUGUGGGGAACAGACUCGCUAAACUUGCUAAACAGUUCAAUGUUCCGUUUGAGUUCAACUCGGUGUCAGUGUCAGCGUCUGAGGUCAAACUGAAAGACCUUGGAGUCAGACCAGGGGAAGCUCUAGCUGUCAACUUUGCCUUUGUGCUUCAUCAUAUGCCUGACGAAAGUGUGAGCACCGAGAAUCACCGGGACCGGUUGCUGAGAAUGGUGAAGAGCUUAUCUCCAAAAGUAGUGACUCUAGUGGAGCAAGAAUCAAACACAAACACGGCUGCUUUCUUCCCGAGGUUUAAGGAGACAAUGGAUUACUAUGACGCCAUGUUCGAGUCCAUUGACGUGACUCUCCCAAGGAAUCACAAACAGAGGAUCAACGUGGAGCAGCAUUGUCUAGCGAGAGACGUUGUGAACAUCAUCGCAUGUGAAGGAGCUGAUAGGGUGGAGCGGCAUGAGCUACUAGGAAAAUGGAGGUCACGGUUUGAGAUGGCGGGUUUCACCUCUUAUCCGUUGAGUCCCCUUGUGAACUCCACCAUCAAGAGUCUGCUUAGGAACUAUUCGGACAAAUAUAGGCUGGAAGAAAGAGAUGGAGCCUUGUAUCUUGGUUGGAUGCAACGAGAUUUGGUCGCUUCUUGUGCCUGGAAAUGACACUGAAAACAUUUCACUGUAAUCACAAUCAAAGUGUUUCAACUUGUAUGCAAUUUUAGUUGCUCGCUUGAAUCUUGAAACCGUUAGAAAAAUAAAAUUGAUUUUAACCUU